AAAUGGUUUGCAAAUGUUUUGUAGGUGAUUUACUAAUACAACACUACAUGGCGUAGCGGCACGUUAUGUGAACAAACAAGCAUAUGCGUUUGUAUGCUACUGUCACCUGUUCUGAACCUUCUAACUACGUACUUGCGUCACGGUUUGAUAUAUCGUCAUGACAUUCGACUUCGACAUACGUAGUUUCAUUCAGCAUAUCCAGGCAACGAAGCCGCCGUAUGAGUGUCCCAUCCAGAGCUGUGGCAAAGUCUAUAAGAGCUAUGCUGGAAUCCACUUCCACAUCUACAACUUUGACCACACAAAUCCAGAAAACAACACUCCUAACACUGGUAGCAGCAAAAAGCUUGGCAAGAAGGGUAAAAAGAACUGGCAUCACAGGAACCUGCGUCGCUCGCCGACCCCGCCGGAGUGCUUCCAGCCCGCGGGGCGCGAGGUGCUGACGUUCGCGCAGGCCCGUCGCCUCGUGGAGGUGGAGCUCGACGGGCGCCCACACCGCAUCAACAUCCUCGAGCCACUCGAGAUCUUCUACCAGGAUGCCAUCGACAACGUCGCCAACCAGGAGGCUGAGGACAGGAAGGGCGGUGAGAGGGUUGUUGCCGUGGCGGCGGCGGCGGCGGCGGUGGAGAAGCCGCGGACGCCAAAGCCGAUCGAGAUGAAGAAGAAGGAGAUGGCAGCGGCAGCCAGCGCGAAGCUACCAGAGGCAUCAUUCCGUGUCCUUGACACAUACAAGAAAAGGGAUGUGCAGGUGAGGCCGAAGACUUACUAUCGCUUCAUAGAGAGGGCAGCGGAGGAACUGGACGAAGAGGUUGAAUAUGACAUGGAUGAGGAGGACUAUGCCUGGCUGCAGCUCAUGAACGCUGAGCGGGAGGAGCAGAUAGAGGAAGUUGUCCCACAGGAUGUCUUCGAGUAUCUCAUGGAUCGUCUGGAGAAGGAGAGCUUCUUUCAGAGCCAGAGCUGCGGCGGGGAACACUUACCCGGGGUGGACGACGACGCCGUCUGCUGCAUCUGCAACGACGGCGAGUGCCAGAACAGCAACGUGAUCCUCUUCUGUGAUAUGUGCAACCUCGCUGUGCACCAGGAGUGCUACGGCAUCCCCUACAUCCCCGAGGGCCAGUGGCUGUGCCGCCGCUGCCUGCAGUCGCCUUCGCGCGCCGUCGACUGCGUGCUCUGCCCGAACAAGGGCGGCGCGUUCAAGCAGACGGACGACGGCCGCUGGGCGCACGUCGUCUGCGCGCUGUGGGUUCCCGAGGUGAUGUUCGCGAACACGGUGUUCCUCGAGCCGAUCGACAGCAUCGAGAACAUCCCGGCGGCGCGCUGGAAGCUCGGCUGCUACGUAUGCAAGCAGCGCGGCGCGGGCGCGUGCAUCCAGUGCCACAAGACGAACUGCUACACGGCGUUCCACGUGACGUGCGCGCAGCAGGCCGGGCUCUACAUGAAGAUGGAGCCCGUGCGCGAGAACACGCCGAACGGCUCGCAGUUCAGCGUGCGCAAGACGGCGUUCUGCGACGCGCACUCGCCGCUCGACCCCGACGCGGCGGCGGCGGCGGGGAACAACGCGGACUCGGACGAGACGUCGGAGGCGGCGACGCCGGAGAAGGGCGGCGCGGCGACGAGUUUCUCCGUGAAGAAGGCGAAGGAGAUCAGCAAGGUGAAGAUGAGGAAGGCGAGGAAGAUUCUCGCGGAGAAGCGCUCGGCGAUCCCCGUCGUCUCCAUCCCGACGAUCUCCCCCGAGACGCUGAGUAAGAUCGCGCAUCAGAUCACCAUCACGAAGAAGGUGCAGUUCCUAUAUCGGCUGCAGGGCUACUGGACGCUGAAGCGCCAGUCUAGGAACGGUGUGCCACUCAUCCGUCGUCUGCACACUGCCACCUGCCAUCAGCCACGCCGUGACAGCCCGCCCUCCCAGUCCGGUGAGAAGCAGAGCGAGAGCGUGAAGGAGCAACUGAAGGAGUGGAAGCGGCUGAGACAGAGCCUCGAGCGAGCCCGCCUCCUCAUCGAACUCAUACGCAAGCGAGAGAAGCUGAAGAGAGAAGAGAUACAGGUGCCGGACUACCUGAAGUUCAUCAAGCGUCCGAUGGAUUUUCUCACGAUGGAGGGUAAGGUCGAUGCACUGAUGUACCGCAACCUCGAUGAGUUCCAGAAGGACUUUGAUCUGAUCGUGAACAACUGCAUGGCGUACAACGCGCGCGACACCGUGUUCUACGCUACCGCACUCAGGAUGAGGAACCAGGGUAGCACUGUCAUUCGACAGUGCAGGAAGGCGUUUGAGCUUAUUGGCUUCGACCCGAUCACAGGGCUUCAUCUCAAGGAACCUCCGCAGGCCAGGGGCGCAGAGGAACACGAUGGGGAAGAUUUUGAGUUGAUGGCAGUGGAUGAGAGAGAGAAGAUGCCGUUGGAUAAGCAGCUUAAGUACCUGUUUGGAAUGAUGGAUAGAGCAGAGGCCAUCAAGCAUGGAGCUGCCAGACACAAGCGCAUGAAGCAACUGAAGAGGGAGAUCAAGGAGGUGAGGAGGAAGGUUGCCAUAAGGGACCGCCUCCGCACCUCCUCCACCGUCUCCUCCUCUGACGACAGCGACAAGGAGUGUCCAGCGCCGCCUCCGCCGCCGCCGCAUCCCACCAGAUCGCCGGCGCGCAAACCCGAGUCGCUGCGCAAGACGGAGAUGCCGUCGCGAAAGGCCGACGCGUCGUCGUCGUCGUCGCGCAAGUCUGAGACGAGAAAAGCGGCGGACGCCGCCGCGCAGGAAGACCAGCAGUGGUGCAGAGAGCAUCGCCACCACGCCAACCCCACCCCGGGCGUCAACCGCCGCACAGCCGUACUGUUUGGCAAGAAGUCUGGUCCAAGGAAGGUGCUCCACUUGGGACUGAACAAGCGACCUGGCCGGCCGAGGUUGAAGAGCAGCGAGGCGACGGUGGACUCGCCCGCCUCCACUCCCUCCCAGGCGGACGAUGUCCCCAAGUGUCCGAAGCUGAGCCCAGCACCCGCCUCGCCGAAGCACCUUUACCAGCCCUGUCUCGCCGAAGUCGUUUCGAGAGCCGAAAAUCGCCGAAGGCUCCCAAGUCACGAAAUGGGGAAAAAGAAGAUCGCGCGAUCGAAGGUUAGUUUGCGCGAGCUGAAUGAUGCUGCCAGACACAAGCGCAUGAAGCAACUGAAGAGGGAGAUCAAGGAGGUGAGGAGGAAGGUUGCCAUAAGGGACCGCCUCCGCACCUCCUCCACCGUCUCCUCCUCUGACGACAGCGACAAGGAGUGUCCAGCGCCGCCUCCGCCGCCGCCGCAUCCCACCAGAUCGCCGGCGCGCAAACCCGAGUCGCUGCGCAAGACGGAGAUGCCGUCGCGAAAGGCCGACGCGUCGUCGUCGUCGUCGCGCAAGUCUGAGACGAGAAAAGCGGCGGACGCCGCCGCGCAGGAAGAGUGCCCCUCGCCGGCGCCCCCUGCUGGCAAGGCGCGGGGGAGAGGGAGGGGGAGGCCGCCUGGGAGACCUCCGCUACGGAGGGAGAAGCUCCAUGAGAAGUCGGAGGGGGAGGUGGGCAGCGAAUCUCCGAGCCGCCCGCAGAAGGCGGGCGAUGACACGGGUAAGGAGGUGGCAGUGAGCACAUGCCUACCCUCUACGCCCUCACAGGCCAGCAGUGGUGCAGAGAGCAUCGCCACCACGCCAACCCCACCCCCGGGCGUCAACCGCCGCACAGCCGUACUGUUUGGCAAGAAGUCUGGUCCAAGGAAGGUGCUCCACUUGGGACUGAACAAGCGACCUGGCCGGCCGAGGUUGAAGAGCAGCGAGGCGACGGUGGACUCGCCCGCCUCCAGCUCCUCCCAGGCAGACGAUGUCCCCAAGUGUCCGAAGCUGAGCCCAGCACCCGCCUCGCCGAAGCACUUUACCAGCCCUGUCUCGCCGAAGUCGUUUCGAGAGCCGAAAUCGCCGAAGGCUCCCAAGUCACCGAAGUUCGACGCCAAGGGCGUGACAUUGCCGCAGCAGUGGCCCCCGGGUUCGCGGUCGCCGGGGAAACCUGCAGCUCGAAAGAGGAACGCGAGCGGCGGGGGAACAGCAGCAGGAGGAGGGGGAGGAGGAGGGGUUGAGAACCCUCCCCUGGCAAAGAAACCUGCCCUGCCGAUGGGAUUUGGUGACAUUGCGACGGAGAUACCGGUGAUCAAGGAGAGCUUUCAGGCUUACCGCACGCACGAGAUUGUCGAGUGUUCGUCCGAGUCGGAUGGCAUGUCGGACAGCAGCAGUAGCAGCCUGUCCAGCUCCAGCCUGAGCUCCGACGACAGCGACGGCGAACUAGGUGGUAAUACAACUGACUCGCUGCACGGUGGUGGGGAUAGCACCUCAGGAGGCAAGAAGAGGCGCCAUCUGAUGGACAGCGUUGAUGCUAUUCCACUAGAACCAUUGGAUCUGGUGUGGGCAAAGUGUAGGGGCUACCCAUGGUACCCAGCACUGAUAAUUAACCCCAAGAUGCCAAAGACAGGCUACUUUCACAACGGUGUUCCGAUCCCAGUGCCGCCAGAUGAUGUUCUGGAUCUUCAGAGGAAGUUCACCGACCACGUGUUCCUAGUGCUGUUCUUCGACAUGAAGCGAACCUGGCAGUGGUUGCCGAGACACAAGCUGGAGCUGCUGGGCAUUGAAGAUGCUGUCGACAAGUCAAAGCUGAACGAGUCCAAGAAGGCAGCCGAGCGUAAAGCCGUGAGAAAGGCCUUCCACAAGGCGAUCAUCCACAGGAGUAAAGUGACGGGAGAGCCGCUGCCAGACUACCUGGAGAGUGACUCGGAAGUCAUCGCGUGACCUUUUGAUGACCCAGAAGACAUUGUGUGAUGAUCUUGUGACGACUCAGAGGUCAGUGUGUGACCUAGUGAUGGGUCAGAGGUCAGUGUGUGACCUAGUGAUGGGUCAGAGGUCACUGUGUGACCUAUUGAUGGGUCAGAGGUCGCUGUGUGACCUUCUGACGACUCUUUCCCUGCCCUCGUUUCACCGAGCGGUUUGCCCUUUUCCUCAGAAAGCUCAUCAUGUACGGUAGUUGCUCUCAACUCGAAAAAUUGUGUAUGUUUAAAGAUUGUGUCCGUGAAGUCGAUGGUCAAUCUAACAACAACGAGUCAAGAUGGACUCGUUACUAUUUAUUAUUGUCAAUGAUUGCCUCUUCAUCGGGCUACGACUGAUUAAUGAUUCGACUUGCGAGCGCGAGGGUCGUAUCCCUUCAGACGUGACGUCGUCUGCUGUUACGCAGACAUCUCUGUGUGUCCUCCAGUAAUCUGUUGGCCGUCUAAUAGGCGAACAUUCGUGAGAUGUGCACUGUAUUCGCAGACAUGUCGUCGUUAGACACAACAGCUUGCAUAUGCUCCGUUUUCAUGAGCGCGCACACGAGAUUACAUGCCGAGUGCAACCAAUCAGCACUGACAUGAGUCCCUCACUGGAGUUCCAGUAGUUAAUGCUAUAGGUAAACUUAUAUCUUAUUUCAUCAUUGUCCAUAGAUUGUUUGCAUUUUAUAUCGGUUCGAAAUUGACCCAUGUAUUUUUAUACUUCCGAAAAAUAAAUCGUGCACUAACCGAAGUAAGCGUCUUGCACAUGCAAGCGAUUCUCAAAGUGUAAGUAAAGUACAUUACGAUGCUUCGUUAUAGGUUUAUAGAUAUAGAGGGGUGUGUAGGUUAGAAGGCACAUUGUAUCGUGUACCAAUGAAUGACAAAUUACUGAACAUCGUGUAUCAUGUUUCAUGUUAUAUGCCUUCAAAAUUGUAAUAAAACUACAAUUACUGUAUAAAA